CUCUGCGCGCGGCCUUGUGGAGCCGGCCGGCCGGCCCAGCUCCCCUCCCCGGCCCCGCGGGGCGGCCGUGCUGCCCUGACGAGGCGGGGAGGGGAGGGCUGGACCGGCCGCUGGCCGGGCGACCAUGCCGAACUUCUGCGCAGCCCCCAACUGCACACGGAAGAGCACGCAGUCGGACCUGGCCUUCUUCAGGUUCCCUCGGGACCCGGCCAGAUGCCAGAAGUGGGUUGAGAAUUGUAGGAGAGCAGACUUAGAAGAUAAAACACCUGAUCAACUAAAUAAACAUUAUCGACUAUGUGCCAAACACUUUGAGACCUCUAUGAUCUGUAGAACCAGUCCUUAUCGUACAGUUCUUCGAGAUAAUGCAAUACCAACAAUAUUUGAUCUCACCAGUCAUUUGAACAAUCCACAUAGCAGACACAGAAAACGAAUAAAAGAAUUGAGUGAAGAUGAAAUCAGGUCACUGAAACAGAAAAAAAUUGAGGAAACUUCUGAACAAGAACAGGAAACUAAUAGCAAUGCUCAGAACCCUAGUGCAGAAGCAGUGAACCAGCAGGAUGGAAAUGUGUUACCUUUGACCCUUGAGGAGAAGGAGAACAAAGAGUACCUCAAGUCAUUAUUUGAGAUUCUGAUUCUCAUGGGAAAGCAGAACAUACCCUUGGAUGGGCACGAGGCAGAUGAGAUCCCAAAAGGCCUCUUUGCUCCAGAUAAUUUUCAGGCGCUCCUGGAGUGCCGAAUCAACUCUGGAGAGGAGGUCCUGCGGAAUCGCUUUGAGACCACAGCGGUGAACACGUUAUUCUGCUCCAAAGCGCAGCAGAGACAGAUGCUGGAGAUCUGUGAGAGCUGCAUUCGGGAGGAGACGCUCAGGGAAGUGAGAGACUCGCACUUCUUUUCCAUCAUCACAGAUAAUGUGGUGGACAUAGCAGGAGAAGAGCACUUGCCUGUGCUGGUGAGGUUUGUCGAUGAAGCUCAUAACCUGAGAGAAGAGUUUGUGGGCUUCCUGCCCUAUGAAGCUGAUGCAGAAAUUUUGGCUGUGAAGUUUCACACUACAAUAACUGAGAAAUGGGGAUUGAAUAUGGAGUAUUGUCGUGGUCAGGCUUACAUUGUGUCCAGUGGAUUUUCUUCCAAAAUGAAAGUUGUCGCUUCGAGACUUUUAGAAAAAUACCCCCAGGCUAUCUACACACUCUGCUCUUCCUGUGCCUUAAAUUCGUGGUUGGUGAAGUCUGUCCCUGUGAUAGGGGUGUCCGUGGCUUUAGGAACGAUUGAGGAAGUUUGUUCUUUUUUCCACCGAUCACCACAGCUGCUUUUAGAACUUGACAAUGUAAUUUCUGUUCUUUUUCAGAACAGUGAAGAGCGGGGUAAAGAGCUGAAGGAAAUUUGCCAUUCCCAGUGGACAGGCAGACAUGACGCCUUUGAAAUCUUAGUGGAUCUCCUACAAGCACUUGUUUUAUGUUUAGAUGGUAUAAAUAGUGACACAAAUAUUAGGUGGAAUAACUGUAUAGCCGGACGAGCAUUCGUACUCUGUAGUGCAGUGACAGAUUUUGAUUUCAUUGUUACGGUUGUUGUUCUUAAAAAUGUGUUAUCUUUUACAAGGGCCUUUGGGAAGAACCUCCAGGGACAAACUUCUGAUGUCUACUUUGCAGCCGGUAGCUUGACUGCAGUACUGCAUUCACUUAAUGAAGUGAUGGAAAAUAUUGAAGUUUAUCAUGAGUUUUGGUUUGAGGAAGCCACAAAUUUAGCAACGAAACUUGACAUUCAAAUGAAACUCCCAGGGAAAUUCUGGAGGUCCCAGCAAGGUAACCUGGAACCUCAGCUAACCUCGGAGAAUUACUAUAAAGACACCCUCAGUGUUCCAACAGUGGAGCACAUUAUUCAGGAACUUAAAGACAUAUUCUCUGAACAGCACCUCAAAGCUCUGAAAUGCCUAUCUCUGGUACCCUCAGUGAUGGGGCAGCUCAAAUUCAACACCUCAGAAGAGCUCGAUGCUGAAAUGUACAGGAGCGACCUACCCAACCCUGACACUCUUGCAGCCGAGCUUCACUGUUGGAGAAUCAAGUGGAAACACAGAGGGAAAGACAUCGACCUCCCAUCCACUAUUUAUGAAGCCCUCCAUCUUCCUGACAUCAAGUUCUUUCCCAAUGUCUAUGCCUUGCUGAAGGUCCUAUGUAUUCUCCCUGUGAUGAAAGUUGAGAAAGCGCGCUAUGAAAAUGGGCGAAAGCGACUCAAGGCAUAUUUGAGGAACACUUUGACAGACCAGAGGUCAAGUAAUUUGGCUUUGCUUAACAUAAAUUUUGAUAUAAAACAUGAUCUGGAUUUAAUGGUGGACACAUACAUCAAACUCUAUACAAAUAAACCAGAGCUUCCUACAAAUAAUUCAGAAACCAUUGAAAAUACCUAAAAGAUUUUUAAAAUGUCUUAUGUUUGCUGUUUGGAAGAAAAGCCGUAAGGUAUAGUAGGCCAAUUAAUCACUGUGUACCUUGUGGCUACACCUCCAGUUGAAUGCAUCAUUAGCUGUUGGUAAUCCCCAUAGUUAAAUGGCCCCCGUUUGAACUCUCAUGCUUUCAGUAUCUGUUCUUGCAGAAGUUGGCAUUGGGAUUGCCAGAAUGCCUCCCUGCUAGUGGCACUCUGGAAUUGCUUUAGUUAAAGUCAUUUUAGAUAUAACUUUAUCAUUGUGGAUCCAGUUGUCAGCUGUUGAGUUAUCAGGUCUUUGAAAAAUGAAUUUUAUGAGAGAUACAUUUUAUAAUGUGUUACGAUGAAGUGUAUCAUUGACUUUUGACUUGUAGGAGUUAUGGGUGUUUAAAAUUUGUGGUAGCAGCACUUGAAAGGCAGAAGCAUGAGAUGCACAAGCUUUAGGCCAGCCUGGCAUAAUAGUGAGACUCUGUCUCAAAAAAAACAAGGGCUCAGGUAUAGCUUAGUGGAGCACUUGUCUAGCAUGUGUAAGCUCAUGCCUCAGCACUGCAAAAGCAACAAAGUCCACUGUGAUGAACAGUCACGGGAAUUACAGAGGUUUAUGAGCUCAGCCAGCAGGUUUCAGUGGAGUUCUGUCAGGAUGGAAGGACCCCAAAGGACCAAGUGAAUGGCAGAGCCAGGCCCUGUUGCUCCCCAUUUGGUUGUUGCUGUUUACAUUCCUUUGUUGGACCCACACUUUCAUAAGCUUUUUCACAGGUAAAUUCACUUCUGCUUCAUGGUGAAGACAGAGACAGAGGCCAUCCAUAUAGGCAGCUCCUGGCUUGUCUGUUUCCUUCUGUCUUUUUACAUGAGUAUGUCUGUCUACUGCCUCAUCUUGAUUUAUAAGCAAAACUUACAAAAAUAAAUGUUUUGUGGUUUAUCUAAAUAAUACAGAAAAUUUUACUGUUAUUUUUGGUGAAUAAGAUCAAUUUUGUACAGUUUAUUUCAAUCUAAAUAAAAUGUGAAUUUUGUUUAAAUUUCAAUUGAGGUAUUUUUGGUGGGUUAGAACACAUUCUUGUGUAUUUUCUUAAAAUGAUUAUUUAAUAAUUACCCUCAUGAUUUACAAUUCAAGAUGAAGUACUUUCUAGUUUUUCUUUUUUGGUAUGUGGUUUAAAGUGUAGGAAAAUAAUUAAAAGUAAGAAAUUAUUAAUUGUA